AUGAGGGUGCGAACUUAUCACCGACACCGAGUCAACCGGAGCAGCCCCCUCCUUGCCGCACUUUUAACCAUUAACUCGGCAUACUCACUCUUUUUUGCCGUGCCUGUUGUUGCCGUGUCCCUACGAAAACGCUGGAAUGACGGGAUUACUUCGAGUCAGAAGACAUGGUGUGUCUGCAUUGCAGUCUUGUGGUUUGUGGCAGAGCUCUUUCGUCUGUAUUUGGGCUACUUUGGUAACCAGCAGCAGCACUUGCCAUGUCUUUUUCGGUUUGUCGGAUUAACAUUGUUGCCUCAACUUUCAGUCGUGAUCCUUUUCAAUGCUCUGUGGCCGCAGCGGGACUCGCUUGACUACGCCCUUAGCGUUACGAUGCUCAUGCUACUUGUGGCAGAGUUUUUGUGCUCAGUUUAUCUAAUACGAAUACUUGUAAAAAACAAACAGGUGGAUUUCUUUGUCUAUAGUGGGCAGUUGGCACGCGAGGAACGACACUUUUAG